AUGUCCAGACGGUUCCACGUUGUUGUCGACGAAUGGGAAGCUGCAGCCCGAUCGAAAUCAGAAAAAAAUGCACAAAUAACAGGAGAACAGAUUGAGGACCGGGAAGUCGAGGAUCAAGGUGAUGAGGAGGAGGGAAUGGUAGACAAACACGGAACCGGGGGAGAAAGUCAGCAAGAGGGGGGAGAGGAGAUGGACAAGGAAUUGAAAGGAUAUGGAAAUGGAUCAAGAAUGGGAGAGCGGGCUGAGGAACGGGAAAACGAGGAUCGAGGAGACGAGGAGAAGGGAAUGGGGGACAAACAAGGAACCGGGGGAGAAAAUGAGCAAGAGGGGGGAGAGGAGAUAGACAAGAAUUGGAACGAACAUGGAAAUGAAUCAAGAAUGGGAGAGCGGGCUGAGGAAUGGGAAGACAAGGAUCAAGGAGACGAAGAGGAGGGAAUGGUAGGCAAACAGGGAACCGGAGGAGAAAAUGAGCAAGAGGGGGGAGAGGGGAUGGACAAGGAAUUGAAAGAAUAUGGAAAUGGAUCAAGAAUGGGAGAGCGGGCUGAGGAACGGGAAGACGAGGAUCGAGGAGACGAAGAGAACGGAAUGGGGGACAAACAAGGAACCGGGGGAGAAAAUGAGCAAGAGGGGGGAGAGAAAAUAGACAAGAAUUCGAACGAACAUGGAAAUGAAUCAAGAAUGGGAGAGCGGGCUGAGGAAUGGGAAGACAAGGAUCAAGGAGACGAGGAGGAGGGAAUGGUAGGCAAACAGGGAACCGGAGGAGAAAAUGAGCAAGAGGGGGGACAGGAGAUGGACAAGGAAUUGAAAGAAUAUGGAAAUGGAUCAAGAAUGGGAGAGCGGGCUGAGGAACGGGAAGACGAGGAUCGAGGAGACGAGGAGAAGGGAAUGGGGGACAAACAAGGAACUGGGGGAGAAAAUGAGCAAGAGGGGGGAGAAGAGAUGACAAAGGAAUUGAUGGGAAACAACGACAAAAACAUCGAGCCAGCAAAGAAGAAAAGGAGGAAGAGAAGGUCUCCUGAAGAAAUAGCGAAGGAGGAGUAUAAAAAAUUUUGUAGCCCACGAUAUAUGAAUGUUGCUUUAAAUAAAUAA